AUGGUCAACUUCACCGUCGACGAGAUCAGGCAGCUGAUGAACAAGCCGUCCAAUGUUCGAAACAUGAGCGUUAUUGCCCAUGUCGAUCACGGCAAGUCUACACUGACCGACUCCCUCCUGGCUAAGGCUGGUAUCAUCUCCACCGGAAAGGCUGGAGAUGCUCGUGCCACCGACACCAGAGCCGACGAGCAGGAGCGUGGUAUCACCAUCAAGUCGACCGCCAUCUCCCUGUACGCCACUCUCCCCGAUGAGGAGGACCUCAAGGACAUCGUCGGCCAGAAGGUCGACGGCAAGGACUUCUUGAUCAACCUGAUCGACUCUCCCGGGCACGUUGAUUUCUCCUCUGAGGUCACUGCUGCUCUGCGAGUCACUGAUGGUGCUCUUGUCGUCGUCGACACCAUUGAGGGUGUUUGCGUCCAGACCGAGACCGUUUUGCGACAGGCUCUUGGUGAGCGUAUCAAGCCCGUUGUUAUCAUCAACAAGGUUGAUCGUGCUCUUCUUGAGCUUCAGGUCGAGAAGGAGGAUCUGUAUCAGUCCUUCUCAAGAACCAUUGAGUCCGUCAACGUCAUUAUCUCGACAUAUCUUGACAAAACUCUUGGUGACGUCCAGGUCUACCCCGACAAGGGUACCGUCGCUUUCGGUUCCGGUCUCCACGGAUGGGCUUUCACCAUCCGCCAGUUCGCUGUCCGUUAUGCCAAGAAGUUCGGUGUUGACCGAAACAAGAUGAUGGAGCGUCUGUGGGGUGACAACUACUUCAACCCUGCCACCAAGAAGUGGACCAAGAACGGCACUCAUAACGGCAAGAACCUUGAGCGUGCCUUCAACCAGUUCAUUCUGGACCCCAUCUUCAAGAUCUUCGCCGCUGUGAUGAACUUCAAGAAGGACGAGGUUGAGUCUCUUCUCACCAAGCUGGACCUCAAGCUCCCCGCCUCCGAGAAGGACAAGGAGGGCAAGCAGCUGCUGAAGGUUGUCAUGCGCACUUUCCUUCCCGCUGCCGACUCUCUUCUGGAGAUGAUGAUUCUUCACCUGCCUUCCCCCGUCACCGCCCAGAAGUACCGUGCUGAGACUCUGUACGAGGGUCCCCCUGAUGAUGAGGCUGCCAUUGGUAUCCGUGACUGCGACCCCAAGGCUCCUCUCAUGCUGUACGUCUCCAAGAUGGUGCCGACCUCCGAUAAGGGUCGUUUCUACGCCUUCGGUCGUGUCUUCGCCGGUACCGUCCGAUCCGGUCUCAAGGUCCGCAUUCAGGGCCCCAACUACGUCCCUGGCAAGAAGGAGGAUCUGUUCGUCAAGGCUAUCCAGCGUACCGUCCUGAUGAUGGGUGGCAAGGUCGAGCCCAUUGACGACAUGCCUGCCGGAAACAUCGUCGGUCUGGUCGGUAUCGAUCAGUUCCUGCUGAAGUCCGGUACCCUGACCACCAGCGAGACUGCCCACAACCUGAAGGUCAUGAAGUUCUCCGUCUCUCCUGUCGUGCAGCGAUCCGUCCAGGUCAAGAACGCCCAGGAUCUUCCCAAGCUGGUCGAAGGUCUCAAGCGUCUGUCCAAGUCUGACCCUUGCGUCCUGAUUACCUCCAACGAGGCUGGUGAGCACGUUGUUGCUGGUGCCGGUGAGCUGCAUCUCGAGAUUUGCUUGAACGAUCUCGAGCACGACCACGCUGGUGUCCCUCUCAUCAUCUCCGACCCCGUCGUUCAGUACCGUGAGACUGUCGCUGGCAAGUCAAGCAUGACUGCUCUGUCCAAGUCCCCCAACAAGCACAACCGUCUGUACAUGGUUGCUGAGCCCAUGGAUGAGGAGCUCUCUCAGGCUAUCGAGCAGGGCAAGGUCAGCCCUCGUGAUGAUUUCAAGGCACGUGCUCGUGUCCUUGCCGAUGACUUCGGCUGGGAUGUCACCGAUGCCCGAAAGAUCUGGACUUUUGGCCCUGACACCACCGGUGCCAACUUGCUGGUUGACCAGACCAAGGCUGUUCAGUACCUGAACGAAAUCAAGGACUCCGUCGUGUCUGGUUUCCAGUGGGCAACGAGAGAAGGCCCGAUUGCUGAGGAGCCGAUGCGCUCCGUCCGCUUCAACAUUCUUGAUGUUACCCUGCACGCUGAUGCCAUUCACCGUGGUGGUGGACAGAUCAUCCCGACUGCCCGUCGUGUCCUGUACGCUGCUCACCUGUUGGCUGAGCCUUCUCUGCUUGAGCCCGUCUUCCUGGUUGAGAUCCAGGUGCCUGAGCAGGCAAUGGGUGGUGUCUAUGGUGUCCUGACCCGACGACGUGGUCACGUCUUCCACGAGGAGCAGCGUCCUGGCACUCCUCUCUUCACCAUCAAGGCCUACCUGCCCGUCAUGGAGUCCUUCGGUUUCAACGGUGAUCUGCGCCAGGGUACCUCCGGACAGGCUUUCCCCACCCUUGUCUUCGACCACUGGCAGACUCUGCCUGGUGGUUCUCCUCUGGACCCCACCUCUCUCACUGGAAAGGUUGUCCAGGAUAUGCGUAAGCGCAAGGGUAUCAAGGUUGAGGUUCCGGGCUAUGAAAACUACUAUGACAAGCUGUAA